GUGUGUCUGGAGCGCUGCUCUACACCUCUGCCUGACUGCCCCAGCCGGUCGGGCCGGUUCUGCGCCGGCAACAUGGGCACCUUUAUCGGCCACAUCUCUCCGGGCAUCGCCUUCUUGUCGUUCGGGCUGCUGUACGCGGUCCGGUUCUCGUCGCUGCUGGCCCGGGGGCAGCGGACACUGUGCCUGCCCGGUGCGGCCCGCAGUCCGGGGGUGAGGGGCUGCGUGGGGCGAGUGCCGGCCGAGGGGGUGAUGAAGGUGGUGUACAGCACGGUGGCCGUGCUGGCCGAGUUCUUCUACCCGCCCGGGGUGGACAAGCUGCACCUGUACAACCCGGACAAGCCCGGCUACCCUUUCAUCCACCCCAACGAGUGGCAGCACGCCACCAUGUACGCCUACUUCGCGCUGAGCGGAUGGGUGGACAUCAUCAGCCAGGCUUGUCUACCCCGGCGCGUCCACCUGUGCGAGAGGGUGGCUAUCGCUCUGCCCUUCUACAUUGAAGCCUUGCUACUGUACCAUCACGCCCACGGCAAGCAGCAGGUGGAGAGCACCGUGCACUCGCUGCUCCUGCUCGCCUGCCUCCUGGUGUGUGUGGUCCUCACCGCCGAGCUGUGGAGACCCAACGAGCCGCUGCUGUGGUUCGCCAAGACGUGCCUGGUGAUGGUGAAGGGCAGCUGGCUCCUCCACGCCGCCUUCAUCCUCUACAGACCGUUCCUGGGGCAGCCGUGGGCGGACGGCGACAUGGCCAACCUGAUGUUCCUCACCAACUUCUUCUGCUGGCACCUGGCCCUCAACGCCUCCCUGCUCCUGGCCAUCUACUGGUUCACCGCCCUGUGGCUCAGCCGCUGCCGCUGCCGCCGCCGCCGCCGCCUCGCCGGGGCCAACGCUGCCUUCCACCACGCCAAGGAUGCCUUGGUCUUCAACCUGCCCACCACCGGCGGCACAACCUCCCGAGUGGAGUACCACGCAGUGCGGGCAGCCGAGGAGGAAACACACUUGCUGCAAGAAUGUGAACCCUGAAUAGCGGCCGAGAGACAGAGACAGAGGGGGCUUCAACUUCGGUGCUUGGUGGGUAGGGGCGAGUGACUCCCUCAAAUCUCACCUCCUCCUGCC